AUAUAAUUAAUACAAUUUUAUUAUUAUUAUUUUUGUUGUAACAAUAUAAACAUAUCACGUCAGCAUAUACCCACUGUGUUUAUGAGGAAGAGAUUUCAUUAUGACAUGAUAUUAAGUGACCGGCUGCAUAAAAUCAAUUUGGGGGCCACAUAUGGUCCUCGGGCCACAAGUUUGAGACCUCUGCUUUAAUGGCUUAUAUUAGAAAUACAUUUGACCAGGUCUGAAACCCAUUUCACACAUAUAUUAAACACCUACCAGGCUAUUAUAAUAAAAUAACAAACGGAAUCAUUUAGAUUUUGUGGGAAAUAUGGGGGAUUAUGAAGUUCACAGCUGGUGUGUUUAUGCUGCAGUGAUAAAUGAUAACAAGGUCUGUCCUACACGAGGAGAUGGAUGUGCUGAAACUUCUCUCCAUGUUUCUAUGUUUGGAAGGAAAACAGCGGUGAUCUCCUCACAAUAUAAUCAGAGCUAAAGCAUCCGCGGGCUGGAUCCCAUUUAGCGGACUGUCCCCGCGCUAGAUCCCUCAGAGAACUAGGGAGAGAGAGAGAGAGAUAGCUGUGUGUGCGCGCGCUCUACCGCCACCUUCAUCAUCCUCCUGCCCUGUGUCCUCCCUUUAUCCUGCAACAGGUUCCUAACACUUGAAAUGACGAAGGUGAACAGAGAAGAUAUACAGGCCAUAUAUUCCGAAUUAACUGUUUCCAAAGGCCAAAAAAAAAACCACAAUUUGAGUCAAGUCAAGCCACAUGACCCUGAAUAUUGUAUAUAUUCACUUUUAGAUAAAUGGAUGCACUUAACUCAUCACAAAACUGGGACAUAUUUGCGUUAAAGCAGGACACUUAAAUCAGGCACUUUGCUAAACGUAAAAUAAUUUAAAAAAAAAGAAGUUUAUUAAAGAAAUAUAAAAGAAGAACAUAGUGGAAAACAAUGUGGCCUAUGCACAUUCUGUGCUUUAUUUAAUGUAAUGUUCAAAAGUUUAGAAGAAGAAACUGCGUAUUAUUAAGUGUUAUCUAAGCCACAUCGAUGAACAGCUAAACUUUUUUAAAGCCUUCAUUUUGCACAAACAGGACAAGAGCUGCGCAAAACUGCGUGGUGAAUCAUUUAUACACUGUGUAUGAAUUACGCACGAGCAUGUCAAAGACAGACAACUUUUCAGUCCACAUGCUUAUGUAGACUGCACUUAAAACACGGGGAUUAUUCCAAAUGCUGUUUUAGAGAUUUCUGAGCGAUCAUUUAAUCUCAGAUAUUUUUGAAUUUGAUUGAUUGAUUUUAAAAAAUAACCCAGGAAAGAAAGAAAGAUAAGUAGGCUGUGAAACUUAUAAUAUGUAAGCCGACACGUCCACUGAGCGACACGUCACUUUAAAUCCACCUGUAUUAAAAGUGCUUUUGUUGUCAAACAAUAUUAAUCUAUUUUAAAUUUGACAUUUUAUAAAGGAGGUUAAUAAUGUUUCGCAACGCGCGCUGGUUCUAUGGGGGUUAUUUUUCGAUUCACUUUGGGCCAGAGGUGAACAUUCUCACCAGCAGCCAAUUCCCAUUCUGUGCGGGGCGUCUCUUUAUAUAGAGCAGCCAAUAGAAAUGCAGUCAGGGCGAGCUGCUGUCCAAUCGAAGCAGAGCCUCUUGUAAGUGGGCGGGACUUUGAGGUUUUGGCAGCUGAGGAGAGUGUGGAUGCGCAGCUUUCCCAUUAAAGAAAAAACACACAUGAUGGAAGAUAUGCAAGAAUCUACUGGGACACUUUGAAACCUUACAGCCACGACAUCAAUCAACUGUUUUUAUGCGCUAAGGUAAGAGGACAAACACGUCCAUGCUCAUUUAGUCUGCGCAGGACGAUGCAAACAAGUGUCUCCAUGAGUUUGUGUUGCCUCAUGCAAAAAGGUCUGUGUGAUGGUUUUUCAUUCUGUGUCCUCCACAGUUCGUUCUCGCUUGAAGCCGUGGUGGAUGUAAGUGAGUACUGUACCUUCCUAUGUAUGGACUAAAACCAAAAAACAACGCCGCUUUAAAUCUCCAGGAAUCCAGGAAUUAGACGCGUCCCGCUUGGCUCAAACCAUUGGAAACACUUGGGAAUAUGGGAAUGUGUUGACGCGGCGUCGUCGGCGGGUGGAGGAAGGAGGAGGCUGCGGGUUUCUAGGCCGGACAGCGCGUACAGGACGAGUCCCUGUCCAUGUGUGGAGACGUCGCGGCUAUGAGACACCUCCAGGGACAGUGACUGGAAGACACGCGGAGACUUGAGACAGUGAGAGUGACAAGAGACCAUGAAAGAGAAGUCUAAAAAUGCCGCGCGGACGCGGCGGGAAAAGGAGAAUAGUGAAUUUUAUGAACUGGCCAAACUGUUGCCGCUGCCCUCCGCCAUCACCUCCCAGCUGGACAAAGCCUCCAUCAUCCGCCUCACCACCAGCUACCUGAAGAUGAGGAUCGUCUUCCCUGAAGGCCUCGGGGAGUCCUGGGGUCAUGUGAGUCGUAAUAGUUCUCUGAAUGGAAUCAGCCAGGAAUUAGGCUCCCAUCUCUUACAGACGUUAGACGGCUUCAUUUUUGUCGUGGCUCCGGAUGGGAAGAUAAUGUACAUAUCAGAAACGGCGUCCGUCCACCUCGGCCUGUCGCAGGUAGAGUUGACAGGAAACAGCAUUUACGAGUACGUCCACCCAGCAGACCAUGACGAAAUGACGGCCGUCCUCACAGCGCACCAGCCAUACCACUCACACUUUGUCCAAGAGUAUGAGAUCGAGCGCUCCUUCUUUCUCAGGAUGAAAUGUGUCCUCGCUAAGAGAAACGCAGGUCUUACCUGUGGAGGCUACAAGGUGAUCCACUGCAGCGGCUACCUGAAGAUCCGACAGUACAGCCUGGACAUGUCUCCAUUUGACGGCUGCUAUCAGAACGUUGGGCUGGUGGCGGUCGGUCACUCGUUGCCGCCCAGCGCCGUCACUGAGAUCAAACUGCACAGCAACAUGUUCAUGUUCAGAGCGAGCCUGGACAUGAAGCUCAUCUUCCUGGACUCGCGGGUUGCAGAGUUGACAGGCUACGAGCCUCAGGAUCUAAUAGAGAAGACACUCUAUCAUCACGUCCACAGCUGUGACUCCUUCCACCUGCGCUGUGCUCAUCAUUUGUUGUUGGUGAAAGGUCAGGUCACCACUAAGUAUUACCGUUUCCUGGCCAAGCAAGGUGGCUGGGUGUGGGUCCAGAGUUAUGCAACCAUUGUACACAACAGCCGCUCAUCCCGGCCUCACUGCAUCGUCAGUGUCAACUACGUUCUCACGGAGACGGAGUACAAAGGACUCCAGCUGUCUCUGGACCAGGCCGUGUCCAAGGCCCAGUUCCCCUACAGCAACAGCAGCAGCGCGGCCAGCAGCCUCGUGGACAGUUGCAGGACACCCAAGAGCAAAGUGUCCCGGCACAAAACCAAAGCUAGAUUGUCACCGUACACACAGUAUCCCAGUUUCCAGACAGAGAGGUCAGAGUCUGACCAGGACAGUCCGUGGGGCAGCAGCCCUCUCACCGACUCAGCCUCCCCUCAGCUGCUGGAGCAGAGCGAAGGUCUGGACGCCUCCUGUGUGUACAAGCAGUUCACUGAUCCCCGCACACUCUGCUACAGCCCGUCUGAAGAGCAGCAUCACACACACCUCCACGCACACAGUCAAGGUCAGCGCUGUGAGCGGGGUCGAUGCGAGGCGGGCAGAUAUUUUCUCGGAGCGCCUCCGCCUGGCAGCAACAUGCUGUGGGGCACCACCCGGUCCAUCCUGCCGCUGAGCAAGAGCUCUCUGGAGAACCAUGAUGGAUACAACAACAGCAUGCAGCACAUCACAGCUGUCCACAGCUACAACGGCCAGGGCCACUGGGAUGACGACAGUGUGGUCAGCUCUCCAGACGCAGGCUCAGCCAGUGACUCCGGGGAUCGGUACCGAGCAGACCACUACCACUGCAGCCCACAGGAACCCAGCAAGAUCGAGACGCUGAUCCGAGCCACGCAGCAGAUGAUCAAGGAAGAGGAAAGUCGACUUCAGCUGCGCAAAUGUCCUCCGGAUUCUCCACUGGGACCAGCCAAUGGACUGCCCAAGGGCCCCGGACCAUGCUUCACUCCUGAGUACACUCAGGGGCAGCUGCCGCUUCAGUCUGUGGUGUGUCGAGGGUUGAAUCAGGUGGUCAGCCCCGCAAAUAGCCCCGCCCCCUUAUCUCGGCACAGCAGUCCGGGAUCUGAGCGCCUCCACAAGCCCAAAGACUACCUCCAGACGGACCUGCCACCCCUUUCUUUGCCACUACAUCACCCACUGGGUCGCCCAGGUCCGUGUUCGGCGUCUCCCGCCUUGACCCCGUCCCUGUACCCCUCCCACAACCAUCCACGGCCAUAUUUGGACAAGCAUACAGCCUUCUCCCUGACAGGCUACGCCCUGGAGCACCUCUAUGACCCUGAGAGCCUUCGGGGCUACUGCACGUCCAACAACACUGGCCCCACUCACUACGACAUGACCCCACACCUCCGCAUGCCGUCAGAGCAGCCCCCCGGACACAAAGGCACCUCCGUCAUUAUCACCAAUAGCAGCUAACACCCACAGUGUGACUGAAGGCACACCGCCUGAGCUGGUUAUCUCUGUUACAGCGUUAAGCUUUUUUUUUCAUUCUGGAUCC